UAGGCAACACACUCAUGAGGUUUAACGUCAGGCUGUACAAAACAAAAAUAAAGUUUCAAACGUUUCAUUCAGUUUUAUUUUUUGCAAUUUGCAAAUGAGACCACUCUUCUUAAUUCAUUAAAAAAAGCCUCACACGAACAUGAAACUCAUAAAGAAAAUGCUUAUUUAGAAUUGCGCCUAUAGUUAGAUAGUUACUCUUUUAAUCCUACAAGGGGACAUUAUUUACAGCAGUAUUUAUACAUACAGGUAAGCAAUACAGUAUUAAAAAAUACACAAUAAAUAGGACAAACGAGUGGAUAGUACAAUAAGAAAAAUGCUAAAUAUAUUAAAAAAAAUAGAAUAACAAAUUGACUAAUUCAUGUUAAGUUGUAUUUAAUAACAAUUCAAUAACCCUUUUAAACAUGUAUGACUGUUACUUACUGACCAAUGUAAUUGUUUAUAUUUUAGUUCCAUUUUCACUUUUAUAUAUUUGCACCCUUUUGCUGCAGCAAAAUGAAACAAACUUGAAAAGGAUUUUUGUUUCGUUUGCUCAUAUUCUGUCAACACGUGCUGAAGUUAAACCCAAGUGACACAGUUGGAAUACAAUGGGCAGAUAUCGGGGAAUAAACGGGUACUGUUGGUGUGCGAUCACAGUGGGGUUAACGUUAAAAGCUAACUUGACAUUGUGAGGAAGUUUUCCUUUUUAUAGUCGUUGUUGACACGACGGCUGAGCCGGUUCUUCCUUUUUUUAUUUUUAAAUGUGUAGUUAUUUGCAUAGUGUCUGGUUUUAGUUGCACUCUGCGCGUUAGCUUUCGGUUAGCACAGUUAAGCCGUGUCACCCUGGUUCAACCGGGCCAGUUUAGCUCGUGUGACAAGCGUGCCAGUCGAGGGUGAGCCGAAUUAAACCACGUUGAACGCUAAAAAUCCACCAACGCUUCGCAAUCCCGGUGCCAUCUCAAAAUAAAAGCGCUUUUGUUUGUGUUUUUAUUAAUAUUAUUAUUAACGCGCGGAGCUAACGAGUCCGGGAGGGGAAGCUACGUUGGAGUCGGAGGGACCAGGAAGCUGUGCGCGCACCAAAAGCACGUGUCUUGUUUUGGGUCACUUUGGACCACGUCUGACCUGGCGUGCAGACGCUCGCUGCCCCGGUACACGGCUAACGGUCGUCCUUCUGCGGUUAUCGUGGAUGUGGAGUUGAUGUGAACAUUUACCGGAGUCGAUGCUACGUUUUUAGGGUUUUCGCUUUUUUCUUUCUGCGUGCGCUGCAUGAGGAUUUACGCCGAGAAGAUGGAUCCUGGACAGGAUUUACUUCUCGCUGCCCUGAGUGAGAGUGGUAUUUGUCCAAAUGAUUUUGGCAUAUUUGAUGUUGAUUCUCAGGAUGCUGCACAGCCCUCUACAACCCAGCAAUCUAUCUCCAUCAGUGCCCUGGAUGUCGGCGUGGGGACAGAGUCGGUGGAAUUUGCUCGAAGUGAGCCUCCAGCUCCAGUCCCGAUAGUUACUAUCAGGCACAAACCUCAGCCAUCAACCACCACGUUUGUCUUAAAUCAGCUGAAUCAGUUGCCGUCACUAGGAUCUAAUGUGACCAAACAAUCGGUUAUAAACCCCAUCAAACACACUAUAACCGUCACCAAAGUGGUCCAUGUUGCUAAUUCAGCCCUGCGAGGAUGUUCAAGCCCCUCCACCACGACUUUUUCUCAGUCAGCAUCCACAGUCGUGCCUUCUAACAGAGAUCAGCAGAUUCAGUUGAAAGACCUCCUUCGGUCCGGCAAUGUGAAGGGCACCGGUCUAAAGGGCAACAGCCUGAUGGAGCUCAUGAGGCUGAAGCCUCCACCUAAUAUUGCGCCGCCGGUGGCAACGGCAACAGCCACAGGUGAAAUGAACAAUGGGAUCAAGAAGGAAGUGUUCGGGAAAGACGCUGCCAGGAUCUGGAUCAACGACGACAUCAAAAUGCAAACCUUCCCGCAUUCUUUGAAAAUCCCGGGGAUGAAAGAGGAAGAUGAGCCCGAGGAGGAAGAGGAAGACGAAUUGGGCCAUGCGGAGACUUAUGCAGAGUACAUGCCAAUGAAAUUGAAGAUCGGCCAGCGGCAUCCCGAUCCUGUGGUGGAGACCAGCUCCCUGUCCAGUGUCAACCCUCCAGAGGUCUGGUACAGACUGUCCAUUUCGGAGGAGGUCAUCGAUCGCGGCUGCCUGUCGGCUCUGCAGCUGGAGGCCAUAACGUAUGCGGCUCAGCAACAUGAGACAUUCCUCCCCAGCGGCGAUCGAGCAGCUUAUUUAAUCGGAGAUGGAGCCGGCGUGGGGAAAGGCCGGACCAUCGCAGGGAUCAUCUACGAGAAUUACCUUUUAGGCAGGAAGAGAUCUCUUUGGUUUAGUGUCUCGAACGACUUGAAGUACGACUCCGAAAGGGAUUUAAGGGACAUAGGAGCCAAAAACAUCCAGGUUCACUCACUGAACAAGUUCAAAUAUGGGAAAAUCUCCUCUAAACACAAUGGGAGUGUGAAGAAAGGUGUGAUAUUCGCCACCUACUCUUCGUUGAUAGGAGAGAGCCAAUCGGGAGGGAAGUACAAGACCAGAUUCCAGCAGCUUCUCCACUGGUGUGGGGAGGACUUUGACGGAGUUAUUGUGUAUGACGAGUGUCACAAAGCCAAAAACGUGUGUCCGAUCGGAUCGUCCAAACCUACGAAAACCGGGCUUGCCGUGUUGGAGCUGCAGAACAAACUCCCCAAGGCUCGGGUUGUGUAUGCCAGCGCUACAGGUGCCUCUGAACCGCGAAAUAUGGCCUACAUGAAUCGCCUGGGCAUCUGGGGGCAUAAAACACCCUUCAGAGAAUUUGGCAACUUCAUCCAGGCUGUCGAGCGCCGAGGUGUUGGCGCCAUGGAGAUAGUCGCCAUGGACAUGAAGCUGAGGGGGAUGUACAUUGCCAGGCAAUUGAGUUUUACAGGUGUCACCUUUAAGAUUGAGGAAGUUCCCCUGACUCAGCAAUACAUCAACAUGUACAACAAGUCUGUGAGGCUGUGGGUGAGUGCACGUGAGAAGUUCCAGCAGGCAGCGAACCUGAUGGACGCAGAGCAGCGCAUGAAGAAGUCCAUGUGGGGCCAGUUCUGGUCCGCUCACCAGAGGUUCUUCAAGUACCUCUGCAUCGCCUCCAAAGUCCGCCGAGUGGUGCAGCUCGCCAGAGAGGAGGUCGCGAAUGGAAAGUGUGUUGUCAUUGGGCUCCAGUCCACCGGAGAAGCAAGAACACUGGAGGCCUUGGAGGAAGGCGGAGGAGAGCUCAACGACUUUGUUUCAACUGCAAAAGGUGUGCUGCAGUCUCUGAUCGAGAAGCACUUUCCAGCUCCUGACAGACAGAAGCUUUACAGCCUGCUCGGCAUCGACCUCUUGGCUAAGAAGACCCCCUCGCCCACUGAGACGGCAGCACAGUUAGAACAGAAGGGCAAGAAAAGGAAAGGUUCGGAGGUAAAAAAGCAGCAGCAGAAGAAGAAGCCUCGCAAGCACGGCGGCCUGUCGGGUACCAGCUCGGAGGAGAGCCAGUCGGAGGAGUCGGACGAGGAGUCCGGCAAAGACAGCGAAGACAGCUUCAAGUCGAUCAGCUCGGGCGACGAGGACGACGACUUCAACCCAUUCAGAGACGAGUCCGAUGACGACGGGGAAGACGACCCGUGGCUCAUCAGAAAGGAACCAAAGAAAGGCAAAGAGAAGAAGAAGAAAAAGAGAAAGAGGAGUAUUGAUCCAGACUCCAUUCAAAGUGCCUUGUUGGCCUCUGGGUUGGGCUCCACCAGGCCGGCUUUCACUGCCACCGUCAUCCCCCCCAGUGCCCCCGCCAUAGUCAAGGCAGAGAGUCAGGACAGCUGCCUCACGAGUCAGGACGCAGUGGAAAACGCUCAGAAAAUGAAGAAAGAUCUGCUGGAAAAACUUGAGGAUCUUGCCGAGGAUCUACCUCCCAACACUCUGGACGAGCUGAUCGAUGAGCUGGGAGGACCCGAGAACGUAGCCGAGAUGACCGGUCGCAAAGGUCGCGUGGUCAGCAACGACGAUGGCAGCAUCACGUACGAGUCUCGCUCUGAGCUGGAUGUCCCCGUGGAAAUCCUCAAUCUCACGGAGAAGCAGAGGUUUAUGGAUGGAGAGAAGAACAUCGCCAUCAUCUCGGAAGCUGCCAGCUCGGGCAUUUCCCUGCAGGCCGACCGCCGGGUGAAGAACCAGCGGCGGAGAGUCCACAUGACGCUGGAGCUGCCGUGGAGCGCCGACAGAGCGAUACAGCAGUUCGGGAGAACACACCGGUCCAACCAGGUCACCGCUCCAGAAUAUGUUUUCCUCAUAUCGGAGCUCGCGGGAGAGCAGCGGUUUGCAUCCAUUGUUGCCAAAAGACUAGAGAGCCUGGGUGCGCUCACGCACGGAGACAGAAGAGCAACAGAAACUCGAGAUCUCAGCAGGUUUAAUUUUGACAACAAGUACGGAAGAAGUGCUCUUGAGAUUGUGAUGAAGUCCAUCGUGAAGCUCGAUUCUCCGCUCGUGUCUCCGCCCGCUCACUUUAAAGGAGACUUCUUCAAAGAAAUUCAAAGGGGAUUAAUAGGUGUGGGCCUCGUAACCAUGGAGGACCGAUCUGGCACAAUGUCACUGGACAAAGACUACAACAACAUGGGGAAGUUCCUGAACCGUAUUUUGGGGAUGGAGGUCCAGCAGCAGAACGCCUUGUUCCAGUACUUCUCCGACACGUUGGCAGCCGUCAUUCAAGAAGCCAAGAAGAGCGGCAGAUAUGACAUGGGCAUUCUGGAUCUGGGCUCCGGUGAUGAGAAGGUGAAGAAGGUAGACUGCAGGAAAUUCCUAACGCCGGGCUACACCACUGCAGGACACGUGGAACUAUACACCAUGAGUGUGGAGAGGGGGAUGUCGUGGGAGGAAGCCACGCAUGCUUGGGCCGAUCAGAACGGAGCAGAUGAUGGUUUUUAUGUUCAGAUGAGGAACAACAAGAAAACCGCCAUCCUGGUCAAAGAGGUGAACACUAAGAAGAGGCUCUUCCUGGUUUACAGGCCGAACACCGGCAGACAAGUCAAACUGGAGACGUACACGGACAUCAAGAAGAAGUUCAAAAAGGUUUUGUCAGACGACGCCAAGCAGCACUGGAUUGAUCAGUACAACUCGUCAGCAAAUAUCUGCUCUCAUGCUUAUUGGAGAGGAAACUGCAAGAAGGCGUCGGUGGGCCUCCAGUGUGAAGUCGGCCUCCGGUGUCGGACGUACUACGUUCUGUGCGGCUCGGUGCUCAGCGUGUGGAACGAGCUGGAGGAAGUUCUCACUCCGGUCAGCGGAACCAACGUGAAGGUGCAGAUAGUCCGACUCAGAACGGAGGAUGGACAGAGGAUAGUGGGACUGAUCAUUCCAGCGAACUGCGUGGCUCCGUUGAGCAACAAGCUGUCGACGUCGGACCAGAGCCAGCAGCUCGCCGUGCAGGAGCUCCAGAAGCAGCAGCAGCUCCACCCCCAAAGCCUCUGUCAUGCCCCCAACACAUAGCCUGUGGUGGAGCGCGUUAACGUUCACAUCUGGACUCAUGAGUCUCUAUCUCCAGGACCCCCCCCCCCACACCCCACACCCUCAAACCCCUCCCCCCUUCAGACGUGAAGCAGCGGUUGUACAGAGAGAAAAGAUUUCAGGGUUUUUGUUUGUGCUUUCUUUUUGUUUUUGUUUAUUUUAAAUCUCCAGAGACUCAUGUUUUCACCUAGACAGAUUUUAAAGGGUGAUGUUUUUGUCCUCUGACAUUCAGAGUGAAAAAGAUUUGUGGCGUAUUGAUGGAGACACAGUUGAGACCUCGAGGGGCGCGUUAAAGGGCGCUCCUCGCCCGAGCUUUAAGCCGUUCAGUCCUGGACUACCUGGUUCAGACCAAAGGUGAAUGAGACAAAGACCACGAGUCUUUUAAAGUCUGAGUCAUAAAACAAAAAGAAAAGAACGGGCAUUUGAUGCUAAACUACAAUCCCAUAUUAAUAUAUAUCCGCUCAUAGCUGCUCAGACUUGAUUCAGAGAGCGAGUGAGAGAGAAAGAGAGCUUCGUUUGAAGUAGAAACUUGAUGCAGAGCAUUCGUCCAGUUCACGACAGGAAACCCGACGCGUGUCGAGAGCUUUCUGGUCACCGGGAGUCAAACCGUCGUCAUGGUCAGAACCCUCUUGCUUCGUAACCGCAGACUAAUAUCAACGUUGUAACGUUUUAACAACCGCACUCGCAAUCAUUUGAAGUCGGUCUUGAGCAGCAGUCGGGUUUUGAAACACACUUUUCUUGCUGUAAUCAUUCCUCCUGUUUAUUCUGGUCAUUAAAGGGACGGUUCACGCUUUCCUCUAGUUUUUUAUUUUAUUUAUCAAUCCAGAUGGUUCGGGUUGGAGGUGUCGGCCAUCGAGAUGUCUUUUUUAUCUCAGAUUAUUAUGGGAAUAGAUGUAAAAAGUACGCUUGCUGCUCCCUUUUUCCCCGGUCUGUCGCAACACUUCUGUGGUUUGUGUGUCGGGUGGAAAACCACCUCCGGUCGGAUGUAAAGAUCUUAUGUGUGAUGUCACCUGGCUAGACGGGAGACAUGAAAUCUACAGUUCAGCUGCCGAGGAGUUGUGAGAAAUAUGAAAUCUUUUCAAACCGCUUUCGGAGCUGCGCCGUGCUCUGCUCGGACAUUUUUUUUAUUUACAAAAAAAAAA